AUGGUUGUAGGAUGCAGGAGAAGAGAGGCUUUAGUAGGCGAUUGGGUUGCAGGGGGUGAUUAUAGUAGCAACGAUAUGACUAGACUCGGGCCAAGGAUGUUGCGGGAAGCGUAUAGGGAACACAGGUGGCUUCCGCUACUUUUGCGUGAAUGCCGGUCGAUGGAUCAAGCUCGUGCGGAGCUUCAAUGGAUGCAGAAGGAGUUAGGUAAUGCGAAGGAGGUUUUUAUUGGAUGUUUGUUGCGUGCGAGGCAUUAUCCUUUGCAGUAUAUUCUAGGGACGCAGCCAUUUGGUGGUGUUACUGUGCAGUGUAGGCCUGGGGUUUUAAUACCCAGGUGGGAGACGGAGGAGUGGGCUUGCGAGGUGGGCAGGCGGUUUGCAAAAGCUUUGGCGGCGUUGGAAUCGCGAGGAACAGUACCAAAGCCUAUAAAAGUGCUUGAUGCCUGUACGGGGACAGGUUGUGUUUCGUUAUUGCUGCGGCAGAUGAUUGGGGACUCUGAUAUCACGGCGGUGGAUGUUUCGCCGUCUGCGGUUAAGCUUGCGAAGCAGAAUUCAAUAGCAUGCGGGCUCCCAAUAACGGUGGUGAAGCAGGAUUUGUUGCUGCACUCCAGCAGUAUAUGUGCGGGAAGCCAUUUAGAUCUGCUCACUUGCAACCCGCCGUAUAUUCCUGCUUCCUCAUAUCGACGAGACUGUACGCGAUCUGUGAGAAUGUAUGAGCCCAAAUUGGCAUUGAUUUCUGACCUGCAGUUCUACGAUAAUCUGAUAAAUUCGUGGUUAGCCAGGACUGAUGCCUUUGUCUACGAGAUCGGAGAUCUAAAGCAGUGUGAACACGUUAUUCACAGAAUUAGUUCUGAACCGUCCCUAAAAGUCAACUGGCAUGCUGGCUGCAGAUACGACAGUGGUGGCAAUGCUAGAGUAGUAUAUGGGUAUAGGAGAAAGGCAAGGUUAGACUUGGCUACUAUCUUCAAAGAUUUCGGUAUCUUGAUGCACUAA